CCGAAAAAAGUGCAAUAAAGUACCGUGAAAACAAAGCCACGGACAGGUUAAGAGAACUCGAAGUGUUUGACUUGUUGUGCGUUUAGUGUAAGUCGAGUUGAAAAUGGAAAAUAGUGGCGAAAGCGGCGACGACGGAGGACCUUUGGGCCCGAAUGCAUUCCUCAGCGGCGGUGUUUCCGCGUCUUAUAUCGGAGUACAAUCGGACGAUAUGGAAGAUGAUCCUGAAAACACGGAUGAUUCCAAUCACGGGGCAAACGAUCCGUUGCAAGGAACCGGAGGUGGUGGCGGAGGAGGUCCUCUACGCGAGCAAGAUCGGUUUCUUCCGAUAGCAAACGUUGCGAAAAUAAUGAAAAGGGCUAUACCGGAAACGGGAAAGAUAGCCAAAGAUGCACGCGAGUGUGUUCAAGAGUGCGUGUCCGAGUUCAUAUCGUUCAUCACGUCCGAAGCGAGCGACCGGUGUCACAUGGAGAAACGUAAAACCAUUAACGGCGAAGACAUUCUGUUCGCGAUGACCACCCUCGGUUUCGAUAAUUACGUGGAACCAUUGAAAGUAUAUCUGCAAAAGUAUCGGGAAUCGACGAAAGGCGAUAAUCCACCGGGUAGUGGUACGCCAUCGGGCAACGGAAAAGUUGAACCGCAAGGAACUAUGUACGAGGAUCAACUGUUCGCUAUCGCUGCAACUGCGUCCAGUGCUACCACCUCUGACACACCUGUUAUAUACAGUUACACGUCCGCUGAUCAAAUGCAAUUCCAACUUUCCUGAUCGGUGCAGUUUCGAGUGAUGUCGAUAUAAAUUAUUCGACGUGAAACGCGGUUCACGGAACAGUUACCUUGACUGUCGUAUAUCGUUUUCACGCGUGAUUACGUUUUGUAAAAAAAAAAAAGAAAAGAAAAAGAAA